UCCCCAGGUGCACCAGGCAUGAUGCAGCAGCCACAUGUGAACCCAGAUGCCAUCGGGGCUGGUGAGGGGUUGCAGCCUGUAGGGCCGUGGUUGGCCUGGGUCUCACGGCAGAGCUGGGCACGCUGGUGGGCUUGCCGCGUGCCACAGAGCUGGGCCCGGUGGUGGGCCACAUCAGGCUGGCGGCAGCCACUGCAGCGCGUGCUGUGGGGGCUUGAGGGGAUGCUCUACCUGCUGCUGGCGCUGAUGCUGUGCCAUGCGCUCUUCACCACCGGCUCCCAUUUGCUCAGAUCCUUGUGGCCUGUGGUGGCUGCAGCAUGGCGCCACCUGCUGCCCGCUAUCCUGCUGCUGGUGCUCAGCGCUCUGCCCGCCCUGCUCUUCACCACCUCCUUCUUGAUGCUUCUCUCCACGCUGCUGAGCCUCAUGGGCCUCCUUGCUUCUAUGUCUUACCCUGGCCACACUCAGGACAUGGACCAAUAG